UUCUAUUUUGUAUCCAGGGAACCCACCAUCAAUCCAUCCUAUCCUUCUACCAGUUAUAUACAAGAUCCGGACCCGCAAGAGUGGAAGAGGCUUUAUAGAUGUGGAAUUCUGAAUAGCUGAACAGAGUUUUCUGAGUCAUGUAGAAAACUUCCUUACAAGCCACGAUGUCUGUUAUCCACUUUCAUUCUUCUACCGCCAAUAAAAUCAAUCCAAUCAAUCAAGAAGAUCAGAUCAAUCAAAAAAAUCAAAGCAGGCAAGGUAAUCCAAUCAAUGGAGAAAAUCAGAUCAGCCAAGGAAAUCCUUCCCAAGAAGAUAAGUUCAUCGGAGGGAAUCCAUUCAUCGGAGGGAACCAAUUCAACGGAGGGAACCAAUUCAUCGGAGGAAACCAAUUCAUUGCAGGGAACCAAUUCAGCCAAAUCAAUCAGGAGAAUGAAUCCAAGUUAAAUAUUAUAUUUGAGGAGAAUUUUUCAAGAAUUUCCUCUCAAUCUUUUUCAUCAAACGGAAAAGAAACAAGUUUUCCAUCCACCUCUUCCCAUAGAAGCAUUACAAGGCAAAAAAAGCAAACAGAUUCUUCAAAGGUUGAGUGGCAGCGUGAAAAGGAAGAAAAAUUUGAUCGUUUUGAUUUUCUGGUAAACAAAUACGUGUUCUCUAAAGAAAUGGAUGAAAUUGCAGCUAAUAAUUGCAGAAUGUUUGAAAGAAUGAGAAACGCUUCGUCAGCUCCUAAGAAGACGAAGCUAGAAAUGAAGAAUGAGUCAAUAAACGAAAAGGAACGGGAAGAAUUGUUCCUUGAUAUCGAUGAAGUGAAUAUGAGAGAUAUCUAUGAUGCUAAAGAUAUCGAUGAUGUGAAUAUGAUAGAUAUCUAUGAUGAUAAAGAUAUCGAUGAUGUGAAUAUGAUAGAUAGAUAUCUAAACUCAUUUGAUGAAACCCUUUUCACAGAUGAAAACAUCAUCAAACAACCUCACUUUUAAAGGGACUGUAAUUGGCAUGUAUUCUAAGUGACCCUGCAGGCAAUGCUGACAAUGCCUGAUUACAAUACAGCCUGUACCCUUAAUAGCUUUGUAUGAUCAAAUAUGAAUUAGAUUUCAUUGUUUUUAAUUCUUUAAACGAUAUAUUUUCAUUUGCAGUUUCUAUGGGAAAGUGACUUGCGAAUUUCUUGCUUUUAAGAAUGGUAAAAAAAAACAAUGGUAUCUACCACAUUUGUAACAAGAUUACGGUUUCAAGGAUAUCAUUUUAUAUCAGGCAUCUUUGUAUGGAGGGUCACUAAAAAUUACGCUUUCAGUCAACCCGACCUAUCAAAUACUCUGUGAGAUUUGAGUAACAGUACUUAUUCUCUUUUACUGGAUAUGUUCGAUUCAGAUUGGUUCAGCGUAAUUUCAAUUAACCCUCAAAUGCAAAAAUUGCAAUACCCAAUUCACAACUGUACCCUUGAAACUUUUCUCUAAUAAAUGAUGUGGAAGCUACUGUAGUUUUUCUAGGCUUUAAAAUUGGUCAAUUCCUUUAUGUUUUCAUGCAGUAGAAAUGCACAAGUCAUUUCAGUAGUAUUAAUCUGUUUUUAAACAUUUUUAUCUAACCAUACUUAAUUGGACACACCUUUUUAAGAGUACCGAUGGAAAUUGGACAUUGCCAUCUUUUUAUGGAGAGUAACUCAAAAUUACGCUUACAGCCCCUUUAAAGAAAACUGCAAUUGUUCAAACAAUGUUAAUAUAUUAUUAUUUUGAGGGGAUACAUCAAGAUACAUUACCCACCACCCCCCCCUACCUCUAAAUUUUUGAUGUAUCAGAUAUGUAAUUUUCAAUACGUAUAAUUAUCUAAGUAUCUAAUUAUCCUGACCAGAUGUAUUAUAGACCAAGGCCAAAUGCCAAGAUAAGCUAAGAUCUUCAAAAUAUAAUGAUUCAAGACAACAGUAACACUACCACAAAGAUUUAAGGCUUAUUUUAUACUUAAAAAAUUUACUUAAUUACAUGAUGAAUCUGUUAUAUUUCAAAACUCAACGGUCGGCGAUUAUAUCAAUACAAUAAAGACGACUUUUAUAAAUAAUGUUUUGAGCCCUAACAAGGGUUUUUUUGAACUACAAGCAAACAUAGAGAGAAAAUGUUCAUUUACAACUUCUUUUGGUUGACAUGUUUUUGUGUCUCUGCUGAUUGAACAUUUGGUAAAAAUCAAAAUUGAAAUAGAAAGAUCGUCUUUCUUGUGUGUUAACAAAACUGCAAGAUACACUUAACUCCUCUUUAGAACUAAAAACAUUAGUGUAUUUAGAUUAUACAGGGUUCACCAAAAAGAACGAAACUAUAGAGACAACCUGAAACUCUUUAAAUAUGACAAUUCCAAGUUAAAUUCAAGUCUUCUGUCUUGAAUACUCUUAUUUAAUGCCUUGAUGCUUCUCUAUGCUUACAAAAGAAUUAAACAAGUUAUUUAUAUUUUAAUGGUAAUCCUGUAUACCACAGAGCCACAGCAUGUGUGUUAACAAAUAAUUAUUCAUGUGCUGUGUAUAUUUAUAAUUAAAAUGUAAGUAACUACUGUGGUAGGCGAUUAUAUCAAUAUAAUGAAGACGACUUUUUUAUUUGUUUCCAUGUUUUUGUGCAUCCAUUCUGUGUAAAUGAUUGAUGUAAAUUAAAACUGAAACUGAAAGUCGUCUUUAUUAUAUUGAUAUAAUCGCCUACCACUAUAAUAAAACGCAUAAACCUGAUAUAAAUCAGAACUGUUUAGAUUUAUUAAUUAUUUAGAGGCAUAACACAGGUAGAAUACAAGUCGUCUUUACUGUUUCUAGCUAAAACAGCUUAGCUUUGAAAUAUAUAAUUUGUAUCUUUAAUAUUAAUGAAAAUAUUUCCCCAAAAGUGUCAUCGAUAUGCAGGGUAGUCAACAAGGAGGAGACCGCAAAGACGACCUGAAACUUUAAAAAUGUGACGAUUCCAGAGUUUAUAGUUUAUAGUUAUAGGGAGAUGCGAGUGCGAGUAAAAGGAAACAGAUAGUUUCAAUUCCG